GCCCCCAGCCGGCAGCCCGAAGAUCCCGGCCGGAGGACGCCCAAGUGUCACUUGAAUCCCACCCGAGGAGCGGGCGCCUGGGAUCCGAGCGCCUGGAUUAGCAAUAACGGCUGGAGCGCGUCCUACAAGUUACGGGAGAGUCGGCGGGGAAGGAGGACAAUCGCGUGCCCCCUUCGGCCCCGCUCCUGGCCCCUCGAGACCCCAGCAUCGCCUCGCGCUGGAAGGGGAGCUCCAGAAUGAAGAGCAAGAAAGGUGUCGUUGCAGCAUCAGGCAGUGAGACAGAGGAUGAUGACAACAUGGACAUCCCCCUGGACCUCUCCUCCUCUGCUGGUGCAGGCAAGAGACGGCGAAGGGGCAACCUGCCCAAGGAAUCUGUUCAGAUUCUCCGCGAUUGGCUGUAUGAGCACCGAUACAAUGCCUAUCCCUCAGAGCAAGAGAAAGCAUUACUGUCCCAGCAAACACACCUGUCUACACUACAGGUCUGUAACUGGUUCAUCAACGCGCGCCGCAGGCUCCUCCCAGACAUGCUGAGAAAGGAUGGCAAAGAUCCAAAUCAGUUCACAAUUUCCCGCCGUGGGGCCAAGAUUUCUGAAGCGAGCUCUGUGGAGUCAGCAAUGGGCAUCAAAAACUUCAUACCAGCUCUAGAGGAGAGCCCAUUUCAUUCCUGUACAGCUGGACCAAACCCAGCCCUCGGGAGGCCACUGUCCCCGAAGCCGUCAUCCCCAGGAUCUAUAUUGGCUCGUCCAUCAGUGAUUUGUCAUACCACUGUGACUGCAUUGAAAGACAUGCCUUUCUCUCUCUGCCAGCCAGUUGGUGUGGGACAAAACACAGAUAUACAGCAGAUAGCAACCAGCAGCUUUACAGACACCUCCCUCAUGUACCCAGAGGACACAUGUAAAUCCGGACCAAGUACAAAUCCACAGAGUGGUCUUUUCAACACUCCUCCCCCUACUCCACCGGACCUCAACCAGGAUUUUAGUGGAUUUCAGCUUCUAGUGGAUGUUGCACUCAAAAGGGCUGCAGAAAUGGAGCUUCAGGCUAAACUAACAGCUUAACCCAUUUUCAAGAAGAAAAGUUUUCACAAAUGUUAUGAUUGCCGGGGUGAUGGCAAGAAACAAACUGCAUUAUUUUAUAUAUUUUUUUAUUAAUAUUUGCACAUGGGAUUGCUAAAGUGAAGCUUCCUGUUACUGAGAUGUCUUCAAUGGAAUACAGUCAUUCCAAGAACUAUAAACUCAAAGCUACUGUAGAAACAGAGGGUUUUCUUUUUUAAAUGUUUCUUGGUAGAUUAUUCAUAAUGUGAGAUGGUUCCCAAGAUCAUGUGAUUUUUUUUUUUUCUCUCUCCCUUUCCCUUUUUUUUUUUUUUUUGGUUGGUUUUUUUUUUUCCAGACUGUGCAAUACUUAGAGAACGUAUAGCAUCUUCUCAUUCCCAUGUGGAACAGGAUGCCCACAUACUGUCUAAUAAAUUUUCAAUUUUUUCAAAUAAGUAUGAA